AAAAAAAUAGACGCCGUGCGUUUGUGUGUUCCUUCAAAAUAAUUAAUGGCAAUAAAACACAGAAAAUUCAUUUGAAUAGCGAAUAAAUAAUUGCAUACGCAUUGUGCAAAUGUUACGGGCGUGCUAAUAGACCAGUUUAAUUAAUAGCAAAGUGGAUAGCUAAAAGGAAAGUUGUCGACUUCGGUAGCAGCAGCAGCAGCAGCAGAAACAGAGACAAGUAAAUUGGUGCAAAACGAAGAGAGAAAAUUUUUUUUUUCGCAAGCAAAGCAUAGGCAAGCAAACAGCGUCCGAAUUGAAGUCGAAGGUGAAAUGAAAAUGCAAUUAGCAUUAAAGGCCAACUGACAAAAAUGCCGAAACACAGAAAAAGAUAAAACACGCACUUUAAGUGAAAAAUAACAAGAGUUGUAAAUGUAAUUCGUAAAAAAAUGCGUGCGUGCGUGUGUGUGUGAGUGUGUGUUUAUAAAUGUAUGGGUUCCUAUGAGCAAAUUGUUGUAGCUUUAUCCAAUCAAAAAUAUCCGACAACAAAAUGUUCUUAAUGUGAAACGCAAACAAAAAUCAAAAUAUUUACCGCCUACAACAAACGAAUAUACGCCCACAUUUAACGCAAAGUGUAACACAAGCAACAACAACAACAAUAACAAAAUCAUGGAUUUGGAUUUGGAGCAUUUGAAAAAUGAUUUUCUGCCUCUACUAGCUGGCAUUAAGCAGGAGCAAUUAGAUACAGUGCCAACAGAUGUGUUGGGGUUGCCCAGUGGUGGGGUUGGAGGUGGUGGCGGUUCUUCAGGCGGCGGCGGAGGAGCAGGAUCAGGUGGCAGUAAUGGUGGUGGCAACGGCGGUGGAGCAGCUGCCACAACGGCCACAACUUCAACCUCAUCGAGCACCUCAUCAUCAUCAUCGUCAUCCAUGAUGGGUAAUCCAUGCGAUAGCGCCGAAAAGAGGUCAGGAUCAAACUCAUCCGCCUCAGCUAAAUUUACAUUGUUCAAAUGUGUCUACUGUGCCCAGCUAUUGGGCUCGAACGAUCGACCGAAACUAUUGGAAUGUCUACACGUGGCCUGUUCCCAAUGUGUGAGCACGAAAUUCUCCGAGUUGGAUCGUUCACUGCCGCCAUUGAUACACUGUCCGGUGUGUGAUAAUGCCUCACAAAACGAAUACAUUAUUGAUAAUCAGUUCCUGAUCGAGCAAUGUGCAUCGGGCGACAGCGGAGAGGGCAACGGAGGAUCGCCCGAGGGUCAAAAGAGCUCGGCAUCGGCAAAUAUACAAUGCAGCAGUUGCUCGGAUGGCGCUGUGGCUACAUCCUGGUGUGUAGAUUGCUCCGAAUAUAUAUGCGACAGUUGUGUACAGGCACAUCAGCGGCUCAAGAUCACCAAGGAUCACACGAUCAAGCCAAAGGAUGAGGCCAACAAUGAGCAGUUGGCCGGCACAGCCGGUGUGGACAAGUUGCACAUGUGCCAGCUGCACACUCAGGAGAAACUCUCAUUAUUCUGCGAGACAUGCGACAAACUGACAUGUCGAGAUUGUCAAUUGAGUGAUCAUCGCGAUCACAAAUACAAAUUUGCUCACGAGAUUGCCACCGAAUCGCGUCAAGCGUUGUCCACAUUGGUCUCGGAGAUUAACUACAAGCGCUUCCUGCUGUCAUCGGCCACCAAGGUGAUUGACGAUCGCCAGCAGCUAAUACACGAUAAGAAAAAGGAUCUAAUUAAGGAAAUCACCGCCAUGGUAGUGAAAAUUACCAAUACGGUCAAUAUGCGUGGCAAACAGUUGGUCAUGCGGCUCAAUGAAGUGUGUGACAGCAAACUGAAGGUUCUCGUUGAGAAGAAGGAAACCCUGCAGCUUCUCUCUGACAACACGGAUCAUUGCAUUGAAUUCAUGCAGAAUGCUUUGGAGAAGGGCAGCGAUUUUGCCAUUCUAUCGAGUAAAAAAUCACUUAUACGCCAUCUGCAGAAAUUGAAAUGUCAGCGAGCGGAUAUACCCAAUCCGGAGAUACCAGUACGCAUUCAGGUGCAGCUCAAUCAAGUGGCCGAUCUGCAGAAGGUGAUCUCUCAGCUUGGUAUUGUGAUUGUGGAUGGCAAACCAUAUCCCCCAGCCCCGUCACCCAAUGGAACAGCGCAGCCGCCGCCGCGUCAACCGCCCAGUCCGAAUAUGGCGCCACCAUUACGUCCUGGCUUGCCGCCCGGCAUGCCAGCCGGAUUGUCACCAAAUGGACCGCCGGUUAAUUUUGGGCCACAGAAUGGUCCGCCCAUGUACAGUAAUCCGGGUGGUCAGCCGCAGUAUAAUAAUCUCUCGCUGGGACGCUCAUUUCCUGGUGAUGGGCCAGUUCGAUUUGGUGGCAUGCCUCCUGUGGGCAUGCAACGGCAAGGCCAGCCUCAUGUUAGCUCCUCAACACAUCCGCAAAAUAUGGACAUUAGUCUGCGUGGCCUGCUGAACAAUCAGGCGGCGCAGAGUCCCAAUGCCCAUAUGGCCUUUAAUGGACCUCCCAGCUAUCCAGGUGGACCGCAGGGUGCACCAUCUCCUGCACAUCAGCAAAUGGGACCUCAGAUGCGACCACAUUUUCUGUCCAGUCAGCAAUCGGGGUUUUCCCAGGGUGGUGGUGGCCAGGGCGGCGGUCCGCGCGAUGGCAGCUUCAUGAGUAGCAAUGCCCGAUUUCAGUCUCAGUAUCAACGCAUGGCAAGCCAUGCCCAACAACAGGCAGCAGCGGCUGCCAUGGCCGGAGCAGCUGCCGGCGGGGGACAAAUACCAUCGCCGGGUUCCAUGCAGCGGCCACCAAUGAUGCCAAAUCCCAUGCAGAAUUCGAUGGGGUUUCAUGGGAGCCAGCCUGGUUUUAAUACCGGGCCACCUCAGACGUCACCUCAACUAAGCGCCAGCAUGCAUAGCCUUGCCAAAUGGCACAUACCUCAAUCUGCCCAGCAGUCGAGCUUGUGUCAACAGCAAGGACCUCUCUUGCCAUUUGCCAAUGGCCGCCAGACAUCGGAAAACUUUAAAAUCUCACUGAAAUCUCCCAAUACAUUGAAGAAUAGUACACCGCCUGGUUUAAGCAUUGGCAGCGGACCCAAUCAUCCUGGCAACGGGGGCAAUGGCUCAAUUGCUUCGCCGCAACUAAAUGCUGCCGCUUUGGGUCUGGGACCAGCCGUUUCAAUAUUACCGAAUGUAACCUCAACAAAUCCAAAGACUCCCAGCCCCAGCACACAUGAGAAUACCAAGGAUUUUACUGAACCCAUUGAUAAGGUGCGCGAUGAUUCCAUUAAUGAUCUUAUAGCCACUAUAGCCAAAUUGGAUUCGAAUGGCGUUCAAGUGUUGCCGGAAGGUCGGACAAAGACAACAUCACCACAGGUGCAUAGCUCAACGGACUUGUCCAAUACCCAAGAAGUUAAUAAUAAAAACGAACAAAAAGAUGACCCUAAUGAAGAUUGGUGCGCCGUUUGUCUGGAUGGUGGUGAGCUCAUGUGCUGCGACAAAUGCCCCAAGGUAUUCCAUCAAAAUUGUCACAUACCCGCGAUCAGUUCACUGCCCGACGAAAGCGAGAGUUGGCAAUGUCUGUUGUGUGUUAAUCUCAAGGAGCUGACCAAGUCGGAGAGCAGUGACAAGGUCUCACAGGGUGAGCUAAGCAGCCUGGAGUUGAGGAUAUUGCAGCGUAUAUGCCUGGAAUUGUAUUGCCAGUACGAGCAGAGUCUCAAUUUUCGAGAGCCCGAAUCGCCGGCAAAUACAUCGUAUUAUGAAAUCGUAUCCAGUCCCAUGUCAUUGGAUGUGAUACGCACGCGUCUGGAUCCAUCCAGUCCAAAUCAUUAUAAGGACAUUGUUGGCUUUGUGUCCGAUGUACGCUUGAUUUUCUCCAACACGUAUCUUUUUUAUCAGGAGGACACCAAGACCUACUCAAAUGCCAAAUACCUGGAGAACUUCUUUGAGGAGCAAUUAGCCAAAUGGUUACCAAAUUUCGAGAAAAAGCAAGGCAAGACGACAAGCGCUUCGACAUCACCUGCCCUAUUAACAGCAGCAGCUUCACCCAUCGAGAAUGGACGCAAGAGCUGUGGUUCCGCCUCGCUUGGGGACAAUGAUGGCUCCAGCUUGCCCGCCAAGCGCGCUCGACGCACAAUGCAUGAAUAGGAGGAACUUUUGCCCGAUGAGAAGGGCACGAAAGAGCAACCGGAGCAACCAGAAGAGCCAGAACCAAAAGAAAGGCCACAAUCAGAGCAUCUAAUGUCCGAGCAUUUAGAUUCAGUGCAGCUAGAGUCGGAAUUCGCAUCAGAAUUGGAGCAGCUAGAGAUGCCACAGCGACCUCGUAGCCUGGGUAGCAAUGUCAUCCAAGAGAAUGCCGACUAUGUGCUUCAAUUGCUGCAUGCCUAUGCAGCCGCUUUUGGUCUAUAGGAGGAGACAUUGAUGUAUACGGUCACAAACGAAUUAUCAUAGUCUUUUAGUGUAUAUUAUUUAACUCUCGGAACCUUGGCUUCCUUUUUCAUUGACGCGGUUCUAAAAUAAGUCUAUGUUAUUCUCUUUAUUAUUAUUAUAUUAUUUUUUUCCACCCCAUAUUGAUCGGUUUAUUGAUAUAUAUAUAUAAAGAAUACCAGCCAAUCCAUGUAGAAUCGAACAAAGAAGAAACUCUAGGUAUAUCAGAUUAAGAUUAGUAUUUAAUUGUCCUCAAGUGUAAAUAGCCAAUCAAGUCAUUUGAUAUGAUUUCUUAUUUGUAAGUGAAAAGAGAUAACUGAUUGUGAGAGAUGUGAGAAGUGAAAUUGGAAUAUACAUAUAAUUAUAGCUAAAAUCUAAGUGUUGAACAUGCAUAAUACAUACAUAUAUAUAUAUAUAUAUAUAUAUAUACCAUGCUAGAGAUUAAAUCUAAUUCUAAGUGCUUACGUUCGAUUGCGUUCUGUCUAAACGUUUUUGAUUGACCACCCCAUCGUCUAUGUUGGAGUUGUAUUUACUUUUGUGAUAGCGAAAAACAAUAAGAUGAACAAAUUAUUUACUAAUUAUUGAUUAUUAUCUCCCAUUUACUCAACUCCAUUUCGUCAUUUGUUUCGAAUUUUUGCUAUGUUUGUGUCUCUGUUUGACUUUGUUCCAAGUACAGAUAAACUGGCAACUCUUCAUCCCCCCCUAUGGCAUACAUAUAGUAUAUAUAUAUAUAUAUAUAAAUAGGCAAACCCCAGAACAGCAUACAUUCGUAUAUUUAUGUAUACAUCUAAACACAUAUAAGAAGACACUUGUAAUAAGAUGCAUUCUAGCUUCGUAAGUGCACAAACUCAUACAUACAUAAAAUCGAAUCAAACAAACCGCAUAAUAUUUACGAUUAGGCAUUAGAAUUCAAUGUUUCAAUGUUGUACGUUUGACGUUUUAGGAUAUAUAUAUAAAGAUGAUUAAGAAGGAACUCUACUGCAGCUGUGAACUGUAGCCAGUUGCCAAUCAUAUAAAUCAGACCACGCAAGUGAUGUAUAUAUGAAUAUCUCUAACACACACAAAAAACACCCACAUGCAUAUAUAAAUAAACCGCAAACCGUUUUCAAGUAGA